GGAAGUGAAAGUAGACGGACAGAGAACGUCCGUCUGAUUUGAUAUGUUACAAUCGAUGACAUAGAUGGGGCUAUAUCUAAAAAAAAGUUCAUGGAAAUUGAUAAUAUCAAUCAGACAUUCUAAACUUACUAUCAGAAAAAGUUUUGUGUUAACAUCAUAACCUAUAAAUUCUGUAAACCGAAAGUAGGAAACUGAUGUUAGUGAUGAAUGAGGAAAUCUGUAAAUGAACUACGGAGCUUAUAGUUAUAAACAACAUGCUCAAAGAAAAUAAUCCCGUUGGAAAUGUAAAUAUACAACAAACAGAAUAAGAAUACCACCAUGGUAGAUUUUGUGGAGGACAUUGACGUUCUCCUGGCUGAUGGAGAUGAGGAGGGAAUUCUACGGCUUCUUGAGAGAGCCCCCAACAUUCCCACAGGGUUUGAGGCUGUCAGUGGCCGCUGCAAAGACAUUGUGAGCUUGGCCUGUCAGUCAGGGAAUCCUGCCCUUCUGGAAAUACUCCUGCAGAUGGGUGUUGAUAUCACAGAUUCUGAAGAUAGCAACAGGUUUGGUGUUGUGCAGCAGGCGUGUGUAAAUGGGAAGGUAGCCAUCUUGGAUUUCCUCCACUCCCGUGGGUUUUCCUUGCUCCCCGUGGGAAUGCAGCCCUGGCAUGAGGAGUCCCCGAUCUACCUGGCAUGUAGACAUGGCCACCAGGAUGUAGUUGACUUCCUUAUUAACAAAGACCUAGAUCUGAUCAAGCACGAGGAUGUACGAAGUUGCCUGCUGUAUGCUGCCUGUCUUGGGGGUAACGAUGGCAUCGUCAGGAGGUUCCUGUCUCCAAACAUGAAUAUUAAUGAGCCCAUGAAACUUGUGCGCAGGUUUACAGACAGUGAGAACAAGACACCCCUGCAUGGGGCAUGUAAAGGAGACCACUUCAAUGUGGUUGAGUUCCUAUUUGAUACAUUUGGCACGGAAGUGGCAGUGACGGAGCAAGUUGGGCGAGAUUUUCCUCAUAUCAUUGGGCGCUUCCUGUCACGAUAUUUUGUCCCUGUAGAAUCAGCAAGUGGGGACAGGGACAGCCAUGAUGAUCUUUUCCAGCUGCAUACAGGCCACCUUCAGAAGCGAAACCUGCACUUUCUUCAUUCUGACUGGCUGAACCCUUAUCUAGUAACCCUCACAACUCUGGACAUCAGCAACAACUCCAUCACAGAGCUGCCUAGUUGUCUCCCUUGGCAGCUACAGAACCUGAAAGUGUUGAAUGCUGCGAACAACAGUCUGCGUCAGCUGACCUGGAAUGGGUUGGAAGGGGAGGAGCCAAACUGCUGCAGCUUGGAGGAGGUGAACCUCUCCAACAACAUCCUGGAGAGUGUGACGGCGGCCCUCUUCUGUGUGCCAUCCCUCAUCUCCCUCAACCUCUCCCACAACAAGCUUCAGUACCUGUCGCGCUCAAAACACCAACAUCUCAAACUAGAGAAAGACCCAACAGCUAACAAGAACAAAUCUCUGGUAGAGCUCCAGUGGUUAUGCAACAGCCUGAAGAUCCUGAAUGUAUCCCAUAAUUCCCUGUGCAUGUUGCCAGGGGAGAUACAGCAGUGCUGCCGUCUUCAGCAGCUUAUAGCCAACAACAACAACCUGACAACCUUCCCACAACCAUGGAAAUGUCCACUGAGAACCCUUGAUGUGUCUGAGAACCAGCUGGAGAGAUUUGCGACAAACGUGGAGACGUACUGGUGCUGCAGCCUAAUAAAUCUCAACAUCAGCGGCAACAGGCUCGACUUUCUGGACGAGGGCAUUGUUAAACUGGGUAUGCUACUGGACCUAAAUGCCUCUCGCAACAAGAUAGAGCGGUUGCCAGGAGCAUCACUUUGGGAAUGUGAGCACCUUCACCACCUUAACCUCAAACACAACCACCUGGGCGGCAGCGUUAGCACACCUACCAAGGCAAAAUCACUCCUGUCAUUCAAGCGAACCAGUCGUCUGGGCAGUGAAGAGUUUCUGUCUCCUGAGUUCCCACAAUGCCUUGCAUACUGCCUUCGGGAACUGAGGCUGGCCAACAACAACCUGGACCGCGUUCCUCCCUCUAUUUGUAACCUCAGCAGCCUGGAAAUACUUGACCUGUCAGACAAUCCAAUAAAGGAUCUACCAAAGGAACUUGGUAAUCUUAGGAAUUGCGGGCUACUAAAGUUAAAAGGGAUCUCGCCAAAGCUUCCAGAGCAUUUGGCUAAACAUUUCACACAGGAUGGUAAAAUGACAAGAGAAAUGCUGACCGACUUCCAAGAUGACCUUCGAGGGAGCAAACCUUGCUACAAGGUCAAGGCCAUGAUGAUUGGUAAAAAGGACAUGGGUAAAACAACUCUAAUGAACCGCCUGGCUGGCCGGGGGACACUCAAGGGUCAGAACCAUAGAAGUAUUGUGUGUGAUGAAAUAACCAUACCAGCCAAGAGGGAUUUUCCUAUUUCCCGGCGUCGUGAGAGUGAUGUGCUGUUGCGUGUGUGGGACGUGCCGGGAGAUGAUGUUUACACCCUCGUGCACCACAGCAUGUUCACCCCACACUCACUCUUCAUACUUGUCUGGGACUUCUGGUCCAUCACUGAGGAUAUAGACAAAAUACGCGCGUGGAUCAACAACAUUCAGGCAAGCACUCCAUACUACAAGGUGGUGUUAGUGGGAACAUUCCUGGAUCGCCUGCCCACAGACCAGCGAGCCUCAGCCAUGGAGGAAGUCCAGAAUCUUAUGCAUGAACGUCUCAAACCAAUCACCCAGAACAUUCCCGUGCUCUGUCCUGUGUCGUGCAUUAAUAACGAAGGAAUAGAUAAAUUGAAGGCAGAGCUAUACAAGACAUGCAUGUCCAUGCACUUGCCUGGGCGGAGCAGGAAGCCUCUUGUUGGCCGUAAAAUCCCUCACAGCUUCACAUUGGUACAAAAUGCCCUCACAUCCGUGGCUAAAGCCUACAAGCAGGAGAAGAAGCCCCUGUGCCUCACACAAACAGAGUUCAUGAACGUUUUGGAGGACUUGGAGGGCAGUGACCUUGAUCUCUCUUCCAGUGAUGACAUCUCUAAAGUCACCCGGUUCUUAGUGGAGACCGGGCACCUGCUGCACUUUCCAGACCACCUUGGUGCACUGGACACCCUCUACUUUCUUGACCCUGCCUGGCUCUGUGACAUACUCCUCCAUCUACUUAUUUCACCAGAAGGGAAACAGCUGUUGAAGAUUGGGCAGGGCAAGAUUCAUCGUGAAGAAGUGCGGAAAGUAUACAUGAAUGCCGGGGAUCAAUUCCCAUCAAAGUUCAUAGACCAGUACAUAGAGCUCCUUGAGAGAUUUGAGCUUGCUGCCUCUAUCAGUCAAACAAAAAAGUUGUUUGUACCAAGCCAGCUUGCUAGAGACCCGCCUCUGAUAGAAAGCAAAGAAGAGGUGGACAAGUCAAAGAUUGUCCGCCGACUGUACUGCAUGGCGGAGUGUCCAAGCGGGUUCUGGACACGGUUACUGACCAGGAUGGUGACCAGGAUUGAUCAAUUUUCCAAGGAGGAGUGGUCAUUCCGGCCGGUCUGCUCAGGAACUCUUAAGCUUGUUGGUUCACGUAGGUCAGGGGGCAAGGAACCCAAGCGAGGGCUCAGCUUUUCAUCGGGCCUUCAUCUCAAGAAUCCCACCAACACAUUUUGUCGGGAGUGGAUGAGGGUCACCCAUGCCAAUGGAAGCUUCUGUAUUGAGCCUGUGUCACUGAGUGGGGGUGUAGAUGGGCUGGAGAACGGCUUGCUGAUCACAGAGGUGAACAUGCAGGAGAAAUUUGGUAUCAUUGGCGUCAUUGUGGACGAAAUUGAGGACAUCAUACAGGACUACUAUCCAGGUCUGUUGGACAUUGAUGACUGUACAAUGCGUGAGAGAAUUGAGCGCUACGCAGUGUGUCCAAGCUGUUACCCCACCCUACCCCUGCCUGCCUGCCUCAACCAUUUCACAGUGGAGAUGUGCGCACAGAAGAUGAUAGACAAUCAGCCAGUCAUAUGUCCUAAUGGUUCCAGCCAUGAGUUGUCGCACCUGGUUCCGGAUCUGCUAAUGCAGGAGUUACCUCUCCACUUCUUCCUCGAUGUGACAGCCCUGGAGACUCAGGACUCUCUCCUUGGGGGAGGGGUAGCAGGAGCAGUGUAUAGAGGUCGAUACCGAGGUAAUGCUGUAGCAGUAAAGCUGUAUCGUAGUGAUGCCCGAUACCAGCUGGCUGAGAGGGCAGGGCAGCUCCAUAGUAAUGGAAGUGAAACCAGUGGGACUGGAACCAUGGGAUCUAACUUUGAUGAUGGUGAAAUUUACGCCAAUGUUGCUGAUAUGAUUUUUGAGCAGACUGACAGAGAGAAAGAAGCUGCUAUGAAGUCCUUCAAAGCUCUGAAGGAGUUGCGGCAAGAGGUUUCUCUUACCAGCCGACUUCAGCACCCAUGUAUUAUUGCCCUUGUUGGGAUGGCAUUCAGCCCUCACUUGAUGAUGGCCCUGGAGUUGGCCCCCCUCGGCAGUCUGCGCUCUGUCCUAGACAGGGAGGUUGUAGAACGUCCGGUCUUCAACAAAUACUCGGACAGGAGGGAGUUGCAGAAACCACUCUUCCACAAAUGGCUCAUCUUUAAGUUUGUGUACCAGAUCAGUAAGGGCCUGGAGUACUUACACAGCCAUGGGAUCGUGUACAAAGACCUCAAGUCAGAUAACAUCCUUACCAUGUCCCUCAGUCUCAACUCUCCUGUCAAUGUCAAACUCUCUGACUAUGGUAUAUCUCGGUUCAGCUGGGGUGGGCGCAGUGUUGGGCUGGUUGGAACCCUUGGCUAUCAGGCACCGGAAAUAUUGGAGGGUGUUCCAUACGAUGAGAAGGUUGACAUUUUCUCCCUAUCCAUGGUGAUCUAUGAAAUCCUGACGGGAAAGAGACCUUUCUCAGAGUAUGAGAAUCUAUCGCAGAUCACGAAGGCAUUAAAAUUAGAAGAGAAGAGACCAAAUCUCCAGGACCUGAAUGUUCACAGCCGUUUUCCGUGGCUUGAAGGUCUAAUGCAGGAGUGUUGGGCUAGGCAGGCCAUGUUCCGUCCACCGGCCAGCACCAUUGUGUCACGCCGUCGCAUGCAAUCCACACAGUUUCUUGCACAGACAGCCUGUUUCAGACUCCAGGAGAGGCCCUUUGAAGACCAGUGUGUUAUUGGUGCCUCUAUAAAGAUGAGUCAGAAUGGGCGUCAGUUUAUCUGGGUGUGGGAGGGCGGGGAUAGUGAAGAUAACCCCCGGACCCUGAGUGUGCUGGACCCAGGGUGGGGCAGCGUGUCUGUGGAAAGAAAUGUCUACCCCGGACCCCGUGCCCGCUGUAUGACUAAGGUUGGGACACACAUCUGGGUCGGAAAUCUGGGGAGUGAGAUUGAGGUGUUUGAUGCUCAGAUGGGUGACAUGGAACCUAAAGGAGUUUUUAAACUGGACGGAGUUCCAAUUCAAAUGUUGGCUCACUUGGAGGGAGAGAACAAAUAUGCUGUCUAUGUGGCAAUGGACAACGGAGUUGUGUUUGAGUUUAAGAACAGCUCCCAGAACUCCCAUAGGCAGGUUGGGGGCGUGUCCAAGCACAUCAGCGGCUAUUCUGCACCCUCCACCCUCACACUGCGUUCCCAUACUAUCCACAGUAUGGCCAUGUGUGAGGCUCAUAAGGAACUGUGGGUCAGUAAUGGAUGCUACAUUGACAUAAUUGACUGUGUGCACUUUAAAGUGAAUACUGAUGAACGUAUUAGCUUGCCAGUUCUCCUUGGCUUAUGUGAAGUACCAAAGUACCUGCUUGUCAGCCAAAUUGUGUGCAAUGAUGUGCUGACAUUUUGUCUUCUGGGUUCUUCCCCAUUUGUGUUGGUUUUUCAGGCACAGAAUCAUAAGUGUUUUGCCUACUUCUCUUUUGAAAAUAAUUCAUUAUAUGGAAAGCAAGUAGAUGUACUCAAAAACUUUUCGGUUGAGGAGCACCUGGCUUACAAAGGUGUAACUGCUUAUGAAACCUCAAACAGAGGCUCGUCAAUCGGUGAAGAAUCAUCUGAUGAAGAGAUGGAGGUGAAAAAAAUUGGUCAACUAAAAGUGAGGCAAUCUGCAUUUAGGGUUCGACUACCAUCUGAGCCCCCUCUUGUUCCCCGGAGGCCGCCUAAGGCUGAGGAUAGCGUUACAGGCGACCUAGCACCUCCUGUGCCUCCCCGGCCAUUCCCCACCAAGUCACCCUCCAAAGUGGAUGAUCAAAAGAAGCCAAGGCCACCACCAAGAGGGCCUCAUACAGUCACCACCAUGCCAGGAUUUCCAACCCGCAAACUGAAAGCCUUGUCAUCCGUGUCAUUACCUUCAUUUCCUUCAAGCGAAGCAUGUGAUAUGACAGUUACAUCCAUUGCCGUUGUAAAAAACUCCCUAUGGGUGGGGAGAAACAUUGGAGAUAUUUGUAUUGUAGAUAUUGAGAAGGAAAGAUCUCCAUCAGUUUUACCUUCCGUGUUUGGCCAGGUUGUGGCUGUAAUGUAUGACCAAAAUAAACUGCAAAGGUCUGACCUACAGGUGGAUCAUGUGGGUCUUCUGUCCCUGGAGAACAAUGUGGUGUCUACCUACAGACUAUGUGAUGGUUUAGGUUUCAACGAGAUGGAGAUUGCAGCUUGGGAGAAUUAUGAUGUUCAUGAUGUUAGCCGGAUUGAAUCAUUCUGGGGAAGUAUUGCACAAAUGGAAAAAGACAUGAUCAGUAAAAAUGGAUCAGAAGUACAUGUUGGAGAGUUCUAAAUGUGUUGUUAUCCAGGUUAGAUUGAAAAUUUUAGGCCGUGGAACCAAGAUAUCUUAGUUGUUUACCUAUGUGAUAAAUGUCCUUACAAUGUUUUUGUCGAUAGCAGUUUACGCCACAAACGAGGUUAUGCCUGGAAACUUAUGAUCUUAAGCCUUAUGAUCUUUAUUGAAACUGUAGAAUAGAAAUGAUUUGAAUGAAUUUUGAAGAGAGUCACAUAGUGAUAAUUUGAGAAUUAAAGUUAAAUGAAUCAAGGACUUUCUUGAGCAUAUGAGGAUAAUGUGAUUCAGUGUUCUCAGGCUGGAAAAGUAGAUUGCUUAUCAAGAUAAGACUACUAUUGCUUGAGUCAUAGAACCCUGACCAGUGGCAAUUAAGAUUUUCAUGGCAUUUAUUAACAUUUUAUAAGCUUUUUUUAUCAGCUUUGAUAUUGAUUCAGUGUAAACAAAUAAAUGGAAAUAAUAGAGCACUCUUAUUACUUGGAAGUCUUUGCAUUUAUAUUUUGUAAUCCUAGUUGUAACCCCAGUGAAAUAACUCAAAAACUGCAUAUAGAAUUAGAUGAUGGUACUGUGUUAUAUAUACUGUCUUAUUGCUCUAGGAUGACAAAAUUUGUUGUUUCCAGACUUCAAAACUUGAUUUUGUUUACCAGGUUUUUACAAAGUGUCCUCUGUGCACAAACAUAGCAAACUAUGGACAACUUAUAAACGUUUUAUAAAAUUGGUUGCAGAUUACUUGGCUCACACUUACAAGUUUCAAAAUUGAUAUGUCAUAUCUUUCCUACAACCAAGCAUCUUAUACAAUAGAAAUGGUGCUCAUUUAUAACUCUUCAGUAAUCUGAACUUUUUUCAAUGAUUCUACUAUGUCUUUAUGUGCAUUAUUUUUGUUUUACUAUUACUGCAAUAACAGUGCAAUUAAAUUGUUUUGUAAACCAA